UAAACUGCGUCUUCAUCAUGUAAAUAAAUUAAGCAAAACCAGCAUCAGGCCGGCCUCCCUGCCUGCAACUGCCAGAUAAAGAAGAAAAUCUCUCUGUCUCAGUGAAGCAGCACUGAACAAACGAGCAAUGGGAAAGAAGCUUGAUGCGCUGCUUGGAAGAGGCUUCAAAGCCAACAAGUUCAAGUCCCUCGUCAACCUCGCCGUUUCCCGGCUCGCCAUCCUCAAGAAAAUACACCGGGCCCGCUGCUCCAUCUCCCGGUCGGACGUGCUUCAGCUCCUCAACCUUGGCCAGCACGACCACGCUCUUCGCAGGGUUGAGCAAGUGAUGAGGGAGCAGAAUAUGCUAGACGUUUUUGAUAUGGUUGAAGGCUAUUGUCAUUUGCUAGUGGAGAGGAUCAGCCUUAUUGAACAACAAGCUUGUCCGGAAGAGCUCAAGGAUGCAGUGUCCAGCUUGCUCUAUGCAGCCACGAGGUGCGGCAAUUUCCCAGAGAUUCAGAAGAUGCGUGUGAUCUUCACAUCUAGAUUCGGGAAGGAGUUUGCAGCCCGCGCCAUUGAAUUGCGCGACAACUGUGGGGUGAAUCCAAAUAUGGUUGAAAAGCUGUCGACCAGACAGCCAAGCUUAGAAAACAGAGUGAAGCUGCUCAAGGAAAUUGCUUCCACGAACAACAUAGUUCUGCAGAUUGAGGAAGAAGCUUCUUCAAGAGUACUUACAGAGGAAAAUUUGGACAGAGAACAGAAGCAGAAACACCCAGAGCUGGAGCAUAAUUCAGUUGAAAAUGAAGCAAGAAGAAAAUACAAGGAUUUUGCUGAAGCAGCAGAAGAAGCUUUCAGAUCGGCCGCUUAUGCUGCAGCGGCGGUAAGGGUAGCAGUGGAGCUCUCAAGAUCUGAAUCCCAGCAUCAUUUUGAUUGAGCUUAAUUCAUCACAACAACCAAGAGACUUUCUUCCUUGCCAUGUCAAAGCCCUGAUUCUUGAUCUGUCUAUCCUCCUGCUACAAUCCAUAUUCCUCGCAACAACAAUGGAAGCAGAAAAAACUGUUGUUAAAUGGAGAUUAUUAAUUGGGGCUUACAUACAACUCGAUCCGCUGUCAACAAUUAAUGUUAGACCACUCGGCCGAAAUUGAAUGCAACACAGGGACUGGGCCGGCCACCUACAUGUUAAGCAACCUGCCACAAAUGGGUGUGACAAUCAUCAUUUAGAUCAACCUAUGAUCAAAUUUAACGUCCAAUCCAAUUCGUAACGUAUAAUCAAAGAUUUAUAAACAAUUGAAACCAAGAUUUUGAUUGUCUA